AUGCCGCCCAAAGAGGAUGUAAUGAAGCAAUUGAUAUAUGUUACCUUGACGUCCAACUCUACCACAUUGUACACAUAUGAUAAUGCUCCACUUAUUAAUAAACUCCAGGUGAACUGCACUGAACUGAUCUCUCAGGAGCUGGGACUCAUUAAUUCCAUGAGUGACUUCAAAGACGAGAGCGGAUCGAUAAUCAUAAACAAUCGGAAACCAGUCUUGGUGAACGGUGAAUACGUGAAUCUGGUCAUGUAUUAUGUCAAGGGAUCAUUAUCUAACAGCGACCUAAUUACAGUUGUCGCCGUUGUAUCUGAUCAUGUGCUUAAAGAAUUUGUACUGCAAACAUUGUGGAAGAUUCUGGUGGAGUUCAGAAAGUUCAGGGAAGUUUCUGUUGGUGAGGAACAAACACAGAAAGGACCUGAGAAUGGGAAAGUAGCAAAGGUGGGAAACGUUGCGUAUUCUCCCUCUCAAUCGUCUCCUUCAUCUCCGAUCUCUUUGCAUACCUCAUUAAACUUUUCAGCUAGCGGUCAGGAUAGCUCUUCGGUAUUGUCUUUUAAGAAAAUCAUGACAUCCAUAAUUAAGAAGGAAGAGAGCAAAUACCUCCACUACGGCGCCACUUACGAUGCUACAUUCGAUGAAAUUGAACAGGUAAGAAAUAUUAUGAACAAAAAUAUUGAAAGGACAAUAAAUAGGGGCGAGAGAAUCAACUUGCUCGUAUCAAAGACCAGUAAAUUGACAAACAGUAGUAACUCGUUUAGACGAAGAACUGUUGCUUUAAAGAGAAAGAUGUGGUGGAGUAAUGUUAAAUUUAUCAUCCUGGUAGGGAUAUUGGUUGUAGUGAUGUUAUAUUUUUUGAUUGGUAUUGAGUGUGGAAUGCCAUGGUAUCAAAAUUGCUUGCACCCUAGUAAGCCCGAACAACCGCAUCAAAGCAGUAUAUAA